AUGUCUGAACCAAAUGAAGAGCGUCCGACAACAAGACGAGGAAAAACAGAAUAUCAUCCGAAUGAAACAACGGCAACAACAGAAAUAGAUUUACUUCAUCGUGCUAAUGAACUCCUUAAACCUUUACCGGGAACAUUUAGUGAACUUGGAGGGAAUUUAGAUGGGCUCUUAGCGAAGAAUAAAGCAUGGGCAGAUUUAGUUUCUAAAGUUCAGCCUGGCUACUUUGAGAAAACGGCUAAAGAAAAACAAAAACCAAAAAUUUUAUGGAUUGGUUGCUCGGAUAGUCGAGUACCCGCUGAAAUAGUUGUUCAAAUGAACCCAGGCGAAAUCUUUGUGCAUAGAAAUAUAGCGAAUCAAUUCGUUCAUACGGAUUUAAAUUCUUUAUCUGUUUUACAAUAUGCCGUUGAACAUCUAGGAAUCGAGCACGUUAUCGUGUGUGGUCAUUAUGGAUGCGGCGGAGUCGAAGCUGCUCUGUCUAAUAAUCAAAACGGGAUUGUUGAUCAUUGGCUUUUGAACAUUAAGGACGUUUAUAACAGAAACUCGCCACAAUUUGAUACAGACGACAAAGAUCAAAAAUGGAAUCGAUUGGUAAAAUUGAAUGUUAUUGCCCAAGUUCAGAGUAUCGCAUCGACGUCCAUUGUACAAAACGCUUGGAAAGCAAACAAAAAACUUGAAGUGCAUGGAUGGGUUUAUGAUUUGAAAACAGGUUAUCUCGAAGACUUAGAAUGUAACAUUCGUAAUACUAGUGAAUUGCCACAUCCAAUAUAUACAUGUAUUCAUUAA